AUGGACGAGCUGAACGACUACAAAGACGACUCAACAGGGUCAUCUACCCUCACAGACACUCAUUCACCUGCUCCCAAAAGCCCAUCUGAAGACCUGAUGGGUCUCGAGUUCGACACCACACCUAUUCCCACACCCACAGCAACAACACCGCCACCAGUAACAGCAACAGUAGGAGCAGGGAAUGAUACUGAUACAGGGAAACAGGAGGCUGGCCUUAUAAGCACAUCAAUCGAAGGCGAUGGCGAUAAUGGCUUCGGAGACUUUGGCACCAUCGCCGCCGCGGCACCUAUGGCAGCAACAGCAACAGGAAACGAAUACGAUGAUGAUGACGGAUUUGGAGAUUUUGGAAAUGCCGCCCCUCAAGAUGCCUUUGGUACUACAAGUAUGUCAGCAGCAGGAGCAGGAGACGACGACGACGAUGACGGCUUUGGAGACUUUGGUGCAGCUCCAACAGCGGUAGGCGAUCCUUUUGCAGGGGCAGCUGAUGAUGAUGGAUUUGGGGACUUUGGUCAAGUCCAGGCAGCAGGAGAUGGUGGCGAUGAUGAUUUUGGCGACUUUAAUGAUUUCGGCGAUGAAGGAUUCCAGAACUCGGAUGAUUUUGGAGACUUUGGAGGAAGUGGGGACUUUGGUGCGAGUGGCGAUGCCGAUGGCGAUGAUGAUCCCUUUGGAGCAUCGUCGUCGGAGCCCAUCCAGCCGGAAGUGUCUACCCCUGCCCCACCAGAACCAGCUGCCCCUGCCGAGACGGCGCCGGACUUCAAUGCUGUGAACUCGCGUCAGGUCGAGAACUAUGUCCUCGACAAGUUGUCGGCCUUAUACCCAUUCGACGAAUCCGUAGCAGAGGCGGGAGGACUGUUGAACACGGAUCUAGACAGUCUUGAUGUCACUUCAAUUCUCUCGGAUCAGGAAUUAUGGACUUCGCUCUGUGAAUCCUCAUUCCAGGGCGGACACCAGUACAGUAGCAGCAACAGGAGCAGUGUACAGUCCAAAUCGACGUUGUCCGCAGUGGAAUCUUCGUCGGCUGCACCUCAGUUCCAGUGGAAGCAUUCGACCCUCCGCAAGGAAUAUUAUGCCUCUUUGGGACUAGUUGCCACGAAAGAGCAGAACCCUGCUUCAGCACCUUCAUCAUCUGUACCUCAUUCUGCGACAACCCCCUCGGCGUCAAGAUCUAAAGUGUCGUCUCCUCUGAUUAUGGGCACUGAGGCUGUUGCCGAGCGCAAACCAUUGGAUCUCGCUGCCACCACUGCCUACUGCCAAUUUACACGAGAAUCGCUGGGAGCAUACUCGGGAGAGGAGAUGAAGGAUAUUGUCGCAAGGUUGACGGAUCUGACACGCCAGGCAUCGGACGAACUCACGUACUGGCUGGACCAGCGAGAGCAGAUGAUCAUGGACAAUGAGCGGUACAAUGAGAUGAUUGCCUCACUUGUCGGAAGGGCAGCUAAACUCAAGGAUGCAGAGUCGAAACAGAAGACGAAUAACAAGCGAGGUAUCACGCGCAACAGCUUUCAUCUCAAGUAG